AAAGAAUGGCAGAGCGGCAGAGCCCGUCUCUUUCUUUUAUCUUUCUUUCCCGAUAAUUAAUAAUUCUGAAUCAAAACUUGAGAUAUCAAACAAGCAAAAGCAUCGAUAUUAUCGAACCCAUAAAACUUUUCUUCAACUCCCAACAGUCUUAACGCUCAUUUCCACCCUCUUUGUUGUUGGUGUGCAGCGGGUGCGAAGUUACGGACUGCAAACUGCAAACCAUGACUGCUAUUAUCAAUUCGCUGGCUUUGACUACAAAUCCUCAUGUCCAGCUCUCGUCUGGGUCUCCUCUGAAACCAUCACAACAAUAUCUUGGGAGUGUGGCCCCUAUAAACUUGUCACUCAAUUCAAAGCAUAUUGGGAAAGCUCAGCUAUCUACCUCCAAGAGGUCCUUCACAGUUCAGGCUGGAUAUAGUGAUGGAGGUAGGUCAAACAGUUCAAGCAUCUUCAUCAGUGGCUUUGUUUUGGGAGGACUUAUAGUUGGCACACUGGGUGCUGUAUAUGCACCUCAGAUCAGUAAAGCACUGGCUGGAGCUGACCGGAAGGAUCUAAUGAGAAAACUGCCCAAGUUCAUAUAUGAUGAGGACAAAGCUUUGGAGAAAACACGAAAGGUACUGGCUGAGAAGAUAGCGCAGCUGAACUCUGCUAUAGAUGAUGUUUCUGGCCCAGAUGAAGUUGAAGCUGUCAUAUGA